CUCUCCAAGAAUGUUUACCGUGUUCUCGAAUCUCGCUGCACCUGAUUAUUAACAAGAAUCGCCUGUGUGUGGUUAAAUAAUUUCGUCGACUCUUCUCUUUCAGAAAAGGAAAAAAAAAAAAAGAACUAUCGAAGAAGAAGGAAAACAUCUUGGAGGCACAAAUGGAAACCCCAAAAAAUCAAACCGAAAUCCCUCCGAAACCGGCCAUGACUUCAUGUAGGAAGAAGGUAAAGGAUGAUGCCACUUUCUUUGAGGACGUGAAAGAUCACAUCGAUGAGUUCAUACAUGCCUCAAUGGAUGAACACAAGACUUGCUUCCAGAAGACCAUCAACAAGAUGUUUGGAUUAUCCAAGGCUGUGGCAGAGAAGCAAGCCGAGGAAGCCAAGGGAGUCGAGAGUCAAUUGCCUCUUCAAACAACAGUGUCGGAUUAAAGAGUUAGGUCCUUCUCAAUUUGUGAGGUUUGAAGAUACGAGGUCGCUUUUUCUUUGUUAACAUCAUACUACGGUUUUUCUUGUAAAUCAACUUUAUCAAGGUUCGAGACCUUCUAAUCUCGAUCUACAAUAUAGUUCUUGAGGCAAGCAAAAUAUGUGAUAAACCCUGAAGUGCGUUUUGAUUGCUCUUGUUUUU